AUGAUGUUGACGCCCAGCACUGCUUUCGGACGUGCACACGCCACCCCACUGCCCUACAGCUGCCCUAGAGCAUGGCAUGCACUUGUUCCUCAUCCUAGCAGAGCUGAAUCGAAAACCUCAUGGAGGAAAACCAUUUCUAGCAGGAGACAACAGCGGUUAAACGUCUCAGUGUCUGCCGUCGCCACUGAACUUGCAGAAGUGCAAGAGAAGUUUGGUAUUGUUGACCACGUAAAAAUUACUGAGGGCGAGGGGGGCCUUCCCAAGGUGGUCCUGCGCCAUUCAUGCGGGUCAAAGGCUGAGGUGUACCUGUACGGAGCUGUUGUGGCCUCCUGGACUCAGCCGAGCGGCGAUGAAGUGCUGUAUGUCCGGCCAGACGCCAAAUUUGACAAGAGCAAGCCCAUAUCUGGUGGCAUUCCCCACUGCUUCCCGCAGUUUGGGCCGGGGCCAGCGAUGCAGCAGCAUGGCUUUGCGCGCAAUCUAGAUUGGACGAUCAGUGCCACUAGCGCAGACUUGCAGCCGGAUGAGCGCGAUCCCACUGUGGAGCUCACCCUCACUGACAAUGAUUACACCAGGAAGAUGUGGCCGCACGCUUUCAAGGCUGUGUACACAGUGACACUGCAUGAGGAGCAGCUUCGAACGGACCUGCGUGUCAUCAACACAGGCAAUGAGCCUUUUGACUUCACAGCAGCGAUGCACACGUACAUCGAGGUUCUUGACAUCGAGGUGGCCAAAGUGCGUGGGCUUCAGGGCUUGACCUUCCUCGAUAAGGUGCCAAACCCAGAAGAGCCAGAGACCAAGGAGGAAGAUCGUGAGGUGGUCUCCUUCAGUGGCCCGGUGGACUCUGUGUAUCUCAAAGCAAAGGAUUACGUGGAGCUGGAUGUUGGCACUGGAGCAGCUGUGGCCAUCUCCUCUAGCGGCUGGGAGGAUAUUGUUGUGUGGAGUCCUUGGACAGCAAUGGAAGACUGCUACAAGAAAUUCUGUUGCGUGGAGAACGCCAAGUUUGGCACGCCUGCUACAGUGCAGCCUGGAGAGUCAUGGCGGGGAACACAGGACUUCGCUGUGAUUGACUUAGAGUGA